AUGAUUCCGUCAACAACUAAUAUUCAAAAAUCUGGUGGUGAUUUUCUUUCAACUAAAACUGUUGAAGAAAAAGUAAAAAGUGAUGAAAUAUCUCCAAUCAUAACUGAUAUUAUACCAAGUACGGAUAUUAAAGAAACCAAAACUCAAGAUGUACCAACAACUUCGAAGAAAACAAAAAAAUCCAAAACCGAAAAAAAAUCUGGUUUAUUGUCAACAUUUUUUCAUGAUAAUAAACAAAAAUCUAAAGUACCAGCACUUAAUUUACCACCAGCAGAACGUGAUUUAUCAUCCAAUACGCAAUUAUGUCCAACACAUCACUUGGAUGCUGAUCCAUUACAUGUUCCAUCAACUAAUUUACCAAAACCUGAUAUUCCACUGCCAACAUAUGAUCGACCAGAAGUUAAUAUGGCAGCAGGGCAAAUUAAACAAACAUCAGAAUUCUCUGUACCUGCCAUUGAUUUAACACCUGUACCUAAUUUAAAUUUACCAGAAAAUAAUAAACAAUUCAUUGAUACAAAUUUUAAUGCUAUGAAAAUUCCUAAUGUUCAAUUACCUAAUCUUCAAUUUACAAGAGAUGAAGAAAAAAUCAAUAAUUUAGCUGAUAUUGAAAUCAAACCAACCGUUGAAGAAAUUCCAAUAACAACAACUAUUGAAAAAGAUUUAACAUUAACAUUACCUGCUGAAGAUACAUUAAAUAUUCAAAAUGAUCAGAAAAAUCUUCCUGUUGAAACUAACUAUACUAUUCAAACAGAAACAAUUAUUCCAAAAUUAUCAUCUGAUGAAACAGAAAUAUUAUUUAAACCAGAAUUAUCAUCAAUCGAACAAAAACUUACAAUAAUUGAACCCAAUAUUGAUCAAUUAUCACAACCUUCAGUGACUAUUGAAAAGAAGACAAGUCCGGAUAUUAGUUUUCAAUUACCAUCUACAGUACCUAUUUUGACAUUACCAAAAACUUCUAAAUCAAGUUCACCAUCAUUUAAUGAUAAUAUGCCAUCAAAAGCUGUUUCAACAAUAAAAACAUCUGAAAAACAAUUAAUUGAAACAAAAUCUGAACCAACAAAAAAAUCUUCAAAACUUUCAUUAUGUUCAUGCUUUAGUACUAAAUCAACUAGUUCAAAAGAUAAAACUCGUUCUAUUCAAGCACCAAAAACAAAUCUACCAGAAGUUAAUAUACCUAUUUCAACAUCGAAUAUUUCAUCAACAUUAAAAACUCAAGAAUCAUUACGUGCACCAAUAAGUAAUUUACCACCAGUUGAUUUACCUCCAACAUCAAUCGAAACUAUUACUUUACCAACGAUUCAUAUACAAGAUAAAAAACAACCAAUAAAUCAAACUGAAACAAUUGUUCCAUCGAAUGAAAUUAAAAACCAAGAAGAAAUUCAAGUACAAUUACCAAUUCAAGCACCUCAUGUUGAAAAACAACUAGGAGAAGAAAGAAAAGUUCGAAUAGAUAUUCCAACAUUGACUAUUGAAACACAACAAGUGAAAGAAAUUCAAAAUGUUUCUACUGAAUCUAAAAAACCAUCAUCAUUUGAAAUCAAAGCACCAGUUUUAAAUAUUCCCGAACUUAAUUUAUCUGGUCCAUCAAAAAUUGAUGCCUAUCAAUCAUUUACUAAACAAGAAGAAUCAGCAUCAAUUCCUGAACAAAUUCAAUCACGUUCUGACAGUGGUCUUGAAGCAAUUAUUUCCUCACAUAUGCAUCCAUCAUCAACAUUUGGUACAGUGUCAACAAUGGAAGAUAUUCAACAACAUCCAUCAAUUAGUUCUGGUUUAGGUAGUGACAUUUUAGAUAAAAAUAUAAUAACCAGUUCGACAUCAUCCGAUAUUCAAUUAAUAAAACCAAGUGUUAUAUCACAAGAAGAAAUUAGUGUAACUAAAAAUGAGUUUGCACAUAAAAUAACAAUGAAUGAUGAAAUACGUUCAAAAUUAAUAUAUCGACAAGAUCAAUUAAAAAAAUGUUUGGAAAAUGAAAUAGCAAAGUCAAUUGUUGAUUUUGAUCCAAAAAAAGAUCAUAAAUCAUUAGAAAAAAUUUUAACACAUGCAAUUGAUUUAAUUAAAGAUAAAAAAGUAACAACAUAUCUUGAAUUAAAACAAAAAUUAACUAUGGAACAUAAAAAUGAAGCUUUUAUUGUUGAUCCUGUUAUACGUUCACUUUAUUGUACGAUUGAAAAACAAGGUUUAGACAAUAUAGAUAAACCCGAAUUCCCAUUAGCCAUACGCGAUAUGGUACGUCUUCCGGCCAAGCAGACAUUUGACACAGUGACGCAUUUGAAUAAAGAAGAAACGCCAUUAGCUACAUCCCAAAUGACAAAGUAG